UUAGGAGAAAGAUUCACAACUCAUGAAUCACGGCCAAGCUUUAGACACAUAUUCAGUUAGUUGUUCCAAAGUCCGAAAGCUUUCUUCUUCUUUUUCUUCGACGGCGGCGGAGGGAGCGAGUGUGUUAGGUUGUUGUGAUAUAAUAAUAUAUAAACCAAACCCAACCACUUAAAAUCUCGAAAACGAACCAAUUUAAAUUUUGUCCGGUUCGAUACGGUUCAUUUAGAGAUAUGAUCAGUUUUGUCUAGGUUUUGUUUCUUGAAUUUUGAUUCGAUAAGUUUUAGAGUUUAGAAGAAGGAGAAAGAUAAGUAUGCAAGGUCAUGAAGAAGAUCACAGGACUGACCUGAAAUUGCAUAUUGUGAACAAGGUUGGGGCUGAGAGAUGUACAAGGUAUUUUUAUUACUUGGGUAGGUUUCUGAGUCAGAAGGUUACCAAGAGCGAGUUUGAUAAGUCAUGCCACCGUCUUUUAGGGAGGGAGAAUCUUCCUCUGCACAACAAGUUGAUUCACUCCAUCUUGAGAAAUGCAUCCCUUGCUAAAUCCCCACCACCUAACCAUAAUACGAAUGAUCAUGUUUGGUCAGCCAAGGUGGCGUUAAGAGACAGGCCUAGUCCACUUGUGCCAAACGGCAAGGUUGAGAGUCUGUUGUUGCAUUGUAGAGAUGACAAAUGCGGUAAUAGAAACAUGGAGAAGGGGGACUCUGGUCCCUUUGCUUAUCAUAGAUCAUCAAGUCAGUAUGCUGACGAAAGAGGUAAGGUCGUCGCAGCUCCAGUUAGAAUAUUGACUCUUUCCACGAGCACUGUAGUUGCUGCACCUCUAGGUGGGGCCCGCAGAGCAGUUCCAGUUUCGAACAGGUCUGACUUCAUUAGCUGCUACGGCAGUGGUGGGUUGUCGUCAGACGCAGAGAUGCUGAGAAAGCGGAUGGAGAGUAUUGCAGUAGCACAUGGUCUUGGGGGUGUUUCACCUGAGUGUUCUAGUAUGUUAAAUAGCAUGUUGGACGUGUACCUGAAGAAACUGAUUAAGUCAUGCGUUGAUUUGUCUGGAGCUCGGUCCACGGAUGGAAACCAACGUCAUGGUUUGCAGAUACAAACUAGCAACCAACCGUCUGACACAACGCAAGAACAACAUCUGGUGUCUUUGCUUGAUUUUAGAGCUGCAAUGGAGCUUAAUCCAUCUCAACUUGGGGAACACUGGCCAUUGCUUCGGGAGAGACUUUUGAUGCGUUCGUCUGAGGAACGAGAAGGAAAAUGUUUGGUAUGUUGGAUACUACAAAUUGUCUGACAGUCUGAGUAAGCUGCUCUGGUCCCAAAGCGAUGCAUCCCAUGAUGGACCUGAUGGCUGAGUGCACAUCUAUGCCCUGCAGCAGCAGACUGGGGCAGUUUGGUGGUAACUUGGCCACUCCAGCGAGUUUCAAGCUCUGUGUAAUCAUACAGGCCGGUAAGGGAAUCAGGAGAAAGUUUUGGCAGAGAUACAGGCUGGAGGAAGGUACAAGCGAUCAUGUAAUAGCUGCAGUACUGCUUUGUAUGUAACAUAUAGUCUUAGAAUUGUUCAGAUUCAUUUCUUGAAAACACAUUGGCAUCACUUUUUACAUUUACUGAGACUAAGAAUGUAAGAUGAAAUCUUUGUUCUUCAAAUGACAUCUUUGGAAUG